AUGGACACAGGGGACACGUUCGCACAGGAAAAAUGUUCACUACACGCCGCGGGAUGGCAUGACAGGAAAUACACUGUCGCACUUCUGUUGGUGGCAGCCAUGAUGGCAUGUGUCCUGGCGGGAGGCUCUGGAGGCGGUUACGGAGGUAGCCGUGGAGGCCAUGGAGGCGGUUAUGGUGGCGGCUACGGAGGCUAUGGAGGCGGUUAUGGUGGCGGCUACGGAGGCGGUCGUGGAGGCUAUGGUGGUGGUUAUGGCGGCGGUCGCGGAGGAGGCUAUGGUGGCGGCUACGGCGGUGGCUAUGGAUACGGGAAAUGA